GAUGUACAGUGAAGUUUGACGGUAAAUAUGUAGGCGCACAAAUAAAAUUCCUUGAUUUGAGCUCGAAGGGUAAAACAAAAAUAUACUGGUUUACUGAUUUUGCAAGUGAUAAAGUAAAGUCAUUUAAUGUUAUCAGCAUUGCUUACCAUGAUGGUAGUGCGAUAAAAACCAAGAUUUUAAAAGAAAAAGGAAAGCCAAAAGAAAAGUGGAGUCGUAACUGGGAAGCUACAAUUGAGGUAAUCAUACACAAGUUGAAUUUACGUGAGAGCGGAGCCCUUAUACCCUGGCUCCAGAGGCUCUUUGCGAGGAGCCUUAAGCCCUGGUCAAACUGUUCGUGGUCAAAUCAAAAUGAGAGUUACAACCUCGGUGUUUGACCGCCAACGCUCAUGCAUCAACUUUCAUCAAAAUUUACGCAAUGCCGUUUCUCUAUUUUAUUUUCAGUGGAAUAAAGUUUCGAAUGAAUACUAUGGCAAGUUGUUCCGAGUUAAUAUCUCGUAUGAAAUUGAACGAAAAAUUGGAAACCAGAAAUAUAUUGACAAAAAUGAUUGCUUUGUUUUCAAGUCUUCAGGAAGUAUAACUGGUAAGAAAUUUUCAAUAUUUUUAAACUGUUCUUGGUAGAAUUGGCCUUUUUAUAACACGUUGCAUAACAGUAGUGCCCACUGGGGGCGUCGGAAGCGGGGACAUUUUUUUCGUUGGGAGGGCCUAAAUUUAAAGUUACGCGUCUAGACAAAACGAUUUAUUUUAUGACAUUUUGUUACCUUUAGAACUCAGUAGAUCUCCUUCUAAAGUGCAAGAAAUGGAAUUUCAGAAACUCUAGUUUUAAUUUUUUUCCGGAGAGCAUGCUCCCGGACCCCCUAGAACUUCGCCGGGCGCUAAAUGUGCCCCCCCCCCACACACACACACUUCUAGAGCCGCUCGGCCGACGCCCCUGAUAGUGCCAUCCAGAUCCAGUGAUCGCAAUGUUCCAUUGUCUUUUCAUUGUUUUCGCAAUUCCACUGUUCUCCAUAAAAUCUAGUCAUGAUUCCUUGAUCGGAAUGCUUUGUUGUCUUUUCCGAGUUAUUUUCUUGUUUUAAGAAUAAGAAUUUAAUUAAAUAUCUUGACGAUCUAUGACAUUACAAUUUUCUUUAAACAUUGUAUAGUGACCUUCCCAAGUCUACCCUCAACGACUUUACCACCUUCAACAACAAAAAAAUCAACAUCAACCACACGAUCCCCAAGAUCCACAUCACCAACAACCACACCACCAACAACCAUACCACCAACAACCACACCACCAACAACCACAUCACCAACAGCCACACCACCAACAGCCAUACCACCAACAACCACACCACCAACAACCACACGACCAACAGCCACACCACCAACAGCCAUACCACCAACAGCCAUACCACCAACAACCAUACCACCAACAACCAUUAACGGGAUUUCAACACCUACUCAUUCUAUGAUUACUACUCAGGUGAGAUUCGAGAAUAAUGGCGAAAUCCGUACCGCAAAAAUAAUGUUUACAUAGGGCGGAAAAAAAUUAGGAGGGCGGGAAAAAAUUUGCCCAACGUUGAUAGAAAUUGUCCGACUUUAUCAUGGGUUUAUUGGCAGUUGAUUAACAUGUAAACAGAAGGAACACAUCACCUACACAGUCGCGCAGAAAUACAAAGUCAAUUUUAAAACAAUAAACAAUUGCCCUAUUUUUCACAGAAUCUGCCCAACUAAACACUGACUGAGGCGGUUGCAGCCCCCCUCUCCCCGCCCCCCUCUCCCCUCCCUGUCCCUAUCAAUCGUUAAAGUUUGGUUCCACAUUUCCCUCGCUUCUUGAAAGAACGUUUACUAAAGUAAAUGUUUUGUUUUGUCUUUUAAAUUCAGAUCAAGGAAUCCAAAGAGACGCGAAAACCGACGGAAUCCAACGGCAAGACAGAUGAGCCAUCAGAGCUUACCCCUGGGGCGAGGAAGGAAGGCGGUGGGGGAGGUAAUGAUGCUAUGACUGUGUCCCUAGCUGUGGUGGGUUGUCUUCUUCUACUUGUUGCUGUUGUGGUGGUUGUUCUGUGGACAAGAAGACGGUCUGCAAAAGCAUCAAAAGAGAAAAAUAGAGGUAGUUAUGAAUUAUUAAUUUACUGUGAAUUUGGGUUUGAUUUUUGCAGUUGUCUGCGAGAGACUUUGAUUAAGACUGGACCAAUAACAAAUACAGUAACCCUCACACCUGGGGAGAAAGUUUAUAAAGCACAGAUUUGAAGGCUGUUUUCCAGUCACGCGUUUUUCAUACGUGCGUAUACGAACGGGAAAGUUUAAAUAUUUUUAAAUGUUACUUAUGAAAUAACUGAAUGAAUAAAAGGUGAAUGAUUUAAUGUGCAUUUGUACAGGUAAUUUAUAUUUUGUCUUAAAUUGAAAAAUAUAUAAACUUUUCCGUGCGUAUAAAAACGCGUGAUCGUAAAACUAAUUGAAUCCUCCUAUUUUUAAAUAUUUUACAAAUAAGUUAACAAAUGCAUACUAAAACUUGAGGAACACUAAAUUCUGUUUCUUUAUUUAUUUGGUUAUUAUAAGUAACAUUUAAACGGAUCUAAAGUUUUACGUGCGUAUACGUACGUAUGAAAAACGCAACAGUGGAAAUCAGCCUUAAGAUUGACAGAGGCAUCCAGUAUGAAUACAGUUAGUUUAAUGUGGGUUGAUCAAUAAGGCAUGACUCUUCAGUUUAGAAAUAAUAGAGCUGUUCAGCAAAAAUGAAGUUGGUUUCCUUUUAAAUAAACUCUAGGAAGAACAGUUUCGGACAACCGACAUUGCUUGUGAAAUUCUAAUACUGUAAUUAAUUAAUAUUUCAUUAUUCUUUCUUUUCAUAGGGGCUGGUGAUGCAGACGGAAGUGUCGAUGUAAGCCAACUUUAUAUAUUAAUGUUCUGCCAUAUUAUCUUACAUCUAGUGCAGUUUUUGUAACAUCCAUAAGUUUCAGAUUUAAUUUGUAUGAAAAGUUAAUUUGUGUCAUUCUCAUGUCGUUGUAGAAUCCAUUGGAAAAUAUUUACGCCGAAGCAGACACUUCAAUAAAUUAUCCUCAAAAGGGUAGGGAUGCAGUAUAUAACCUAAACUAACUAGUUCGAUUCAUCGCUUAUUAGUGCAUUCUUACUACAUACAAGAGAAAACCUAAACUAAACUAACUUUAUUUAUACUGGAUAACUCUAUCAGUUCUAAACUGUUCUUCCUAGAGAUCUAGUAAAGAUCAUUUCUUAUUGAUCCAGUGUUACUACAGGAGGAAAUCUAAAUUAAACUAACUUUAUUUAUACUGGAUAGCUCUAUCACUUCUAAACUGUUCUUCCUAGAGGUCCAGUAAGGGUCAUCUCUUAUUGAUCCAGUGUUACUACAGGAGGAAACGUGAACUAAACUAACUUUAUUUAUACUGGAUAGCUCUCAGUUCUGAACUGUUCUUCCUAGAGGUCCAGUAAAGAUCAUCUCUUAUUGAUCCAGUGUUACUACAGGAGGAAACGUGAACUAAACUAACUUUAUUUAUACUGGAUAGCUCUAUCAGUUCUAAACUGUUCUUCCUAGAGGUGCAGUUAAGGAUCACCCCCCAUUGAUCCAGUGUUUAAAGUUCCUAGCAGUUUCCUAACAUGAACGUCGGUUUUUUUUGUAGAUAAGAAUAAUCAUGUGUAUGAAUACGCCAAAGGAAACUUAGAAAGUAAUUACACCAGUUUGGACAUGAGCAAAGUUGAAAGUAAACCGACCUAUGAAUCACUCGUUAAUGUACAGAGCAAUAUGGUAAGGUUCUCAAUAUUUUCAUUCAAUUUGAAUUUUUUGUUGUUGCCGAGACCUAUUGGAGAUUUUGAUGGUGGGAAUUUUUUUGGAAUGAAUUGUUUUUUAAUUUUGUAGUAUGAGCAGAUUCCAGUCAAAGGUUACACUCCCGGUGCGUCUGGCGUGAGUGGACAAACACCAAUAGCAGGUACGUUGGAGGAGGAAUGAAGGAAGGGAGGAAAUGGGAAGUGAGGGAGGUGGGGAGAGAGGAAGGAGGGAGGAAGAGAGGAAAUGAAAGGGGAGGGAAGGGGAGGUGGAGGGAGGACGAGUGGGAGGACGAAGAGAGGAGGGAGGAAGAGAGGAGAGAGGGAGGAGGGAAAGAGGAAGGAGAGGGGAGGAAGAAAGGAAGGAGAGAGGAAGAGUGGGAGGAGAGAAAGAAGGGAGGAGGGGAAACGAUUGAGAAGAGAGGGAAGGAAACAAGAGGAUUAGGAAGAAUAGGAGGAAUGAAACGUGGGAUCAGGAAUGAAUAAAGGAAGGAGGAGCGAAGGAGGUAGCGAAGCGGGCAGAAAGCGAUUGGCGAACGUUAUGCAAAAACAACUCUGUUUCAUCUAGAACCUUUUUAUCAUGUUGUGGACACACCAGAGGGGGGCCAAGAUCCUGGUCAGAUAUACCAUGACCCUGAUAACUGUGAGACUCGUCGAGAAAUCCCAGGUAGAACUGGUGAUGACAAUCCUGAGAGGGUAUAUAGUACACUGGAGGAGGAGGGUGCUCCAGAGAACUAUGGCCGUGAAGUACCUGGGAGAACUGGCGUCGACAAUCCUGAGAGGGUAUAUAGUACGUUGGAGGAGGAGGAGACUGCUCCAGAGAACUAUGGCCGUGAGGUACCUGGGAGAACUGGUGACGACGAUCCUGACAGGGUUUAUAGUGUGUUAGAAGACGAGACUGCCGAGUCAGAUUAUUUGACAAUACUGCCAGAAAAGUCAGAUUAUGAACAGCCGAUCAACCCGCCCAUAUCUGAUGCUUGA